UUCCUCUCCCUCCUCCCCGCUAGCGGUGGCGCAUAAUAGGCGUUAGAACGCGUCGUCCACUGUAAGGCAAGAGACGCGUCAAAGUGAGGAGAGUGCGAGUGGACGCAAAUGUCGGGAGACCCUGCGGUGUUUACACCUUAGUGGUGUGAGGUUGUGCAUGCGUGAGGAGGAGAAGGACACAGAGAGAAGAGAGUUUUAGGGCGGGUGUCGCUUCUCCCACCGGACCACUGGAGCUGCAGCAGGAAGAGAGAGAGUGUGUGUGUGAGAGAGAGAGAGAUAGAGAGGGAGAGGAGCGACUGGGACCCUAUAUUAAGAGGGUGGGACGUUCAAAGAAGUAAUAAUUUGCAGGUAACUCUCUCUCUCUCGCCAUGAACUGAGACGGCCUUCAACUAAACCAGGAGACGCCUGCAACUUCCUGAAUCGUUUGGAAUCGAGAUCGUUCUUUGUCUUCAGUUCUCUACACAGCUGUUGGCACAAAGGAAAAAUAAUCGGUAUCUUCCUACUCUUCUCUGUAGAGUUUUUCCCCUCAGACUCUGACCUUAAGCUCUCAGUAUGAGCGGCCUGGUAGGAAAGAUGGACCCUCGCAGGAUACAGUGGGGCGCGGCAUGGAACACUUUUACGUCCCGCGUCUUGAGGACCAAACCUGUGGAGUCUAUGUUGGAUUCAGCCAUGUCAGGCACGAGCUCCCACGGCACCAGACUGGCCCGGGUGUUGUCCACAGUGGAUCUGGUGUCACUGGGCGUGGGCAGCUGUGUCGGGACAGGGAUGUAUGUGGUCUCCGGGCUAGUUGCCAAGGAAAUGGCCGGUCCGGGGGUCAUUGUGUCCUUCAUUAUUGCCGCUGUGGCCUCCAUACUGUCAGGAGUCUGUUAUGCGGAGUUUGGCGUGCGCGUGCCUAAGACCACGGGCUCGGCGUACACGUACAGCUACGUGACGGUGGGCGAGUGCGUGGCGUUUUUCAUCGGCUGGAACUUGAUUCUGGAGUAUCUCAUCGGCACGGCGGCGGGGGCGUCGGCGCUCAGCAGCAUGGCCGACUCGCUGGCCAAUCACAGCAUCAGCAACUUCAUGAUCGAGCACAUCGGGACGCUCAACGGCCUAGGUAAAGGCGAGCAGUCGUACCCUGACCUGCUGGCGCUGCUUAUCGCCCUGCUUGUGACGGUGAUCGUGGCUUUGGGAGUGAAGAACUCGGUGGGCUUCAACAACGUGCUGAAUGUCAUUAAUCUCAUCGUGUGGGUCUUCAUCAUGAUUGCAGGGCUGUUCUUUGUCAACGGAGAGAACUGGGACGAGGGGCGGUUCCUGCCUUUCGGCUGGUCAGGGGUGAUGCAGGGAGCAGCCACCUGUUUCUACGCCUUCAUUGGAUUUGACAUCAUUGCAACGACGGGAGAGGAGGCCAAGAGCCCCAACACCUCCAUCCCUUACGCCAUCACAGCGUCGCUCAUCACUUGCCUCACGGCCUACGUCUCUGUUUCCGUGAUCCUGACUCUGAUGGUGCCCUACAAUGAGAUCGACGCCGACGCCCCGCUCAUGGAGAUGUUUGCCGUGCACGGCUGCAUGUUCGCCAAGUACAUCGUAGCGGUCGGCUCCAUAGCCGGGCUCACCGUGUCCCUGCUCGGGUCCCUGUUCCCCAUGCCCAGGGUCAUCUACGCCAUGGCGGGGGACGGCCUGCUGUUUAAGUUCCUGGCGAAUGUGUCGUCCUACACGGAGACGCCCGCAGUGGCCUGUGUGGUGUCUGGCUUUCUGGCCGCCCUGCUGUCCCUGCUCGUCAGCCUCAGAGACCUCAUAGAGAUGAUGUCCAUAGGAACCUUGCUGGCUUAUACCCUGGUGAGUCUCUGCGUGCUCCUGUUACGUUACCAGCCCGAGGGGGACAUCCACGGCUUUGUGAACUUCCUCUCCGAGGAGCAGAACAACAAGAGGAAGGAAGGUGUUCUGGCCGAGUGCGAAAAAGAGGCCUGCUCACCGACCAGCGAGGCCGACGAGUACGGCGGCCCGGCGACGAACACCUGCGGCGCGAAGAACCUGCCGUCGCUGGGCGACAACGAGAUGCUGAUCGGCAAGCCGGAUAAGACCGCCUACACUGCCAGUCAUCCAAACUACGGCACGGUGGAUAUGACCACUGGCAUCGAGGCGGAGGAAUCAGAAAGCGGAAUGUCCCGACGCUUGAAGAAGUUGAUUGGACCGCGCUACUACACCUUGAGGAUCCGACUGGGCCUCCCGGGAAAGAUGGACAGGCCGACUCCAGCCACGGGGAAAACAGUCACUGUGUGUGUGCUGCUGCUCUUCAUCAUAAACUUCGCUUUUUGUUCCUUCAUCAUUUUUGGAGCGAGCUACAUCGGAGAGGGCCACUGGUGGGCUUUGCUGCUGCUAAUCCUCUUCAUCCUCUCCCUUGCCCUGCUCGUCAUCGUCAUCCUCCAGCAACCCGAGAACCCCAAGCGGCUGCCCUACAUGGCGCCCUGCGUGCCCUUCGUCCCCGCCGCGGCCAUGCUGGUCAACAUUUACCUCAUGCUUAAACUGUCCGCCAUCACCUGGAUGCGCUUCUCAAUCUGGUGCUUUGUCGGUGUGCUCAUCUACUUUGGCUACGGCAUGUGGAACAGCACGCUGGAGAUCACGGCCAGAGAGAACGAGGUGCACGCCUCCACCUACCAGCGCUACGACCACGGCGUGGACGAGGGCUUCUGCGGCUUCGACGACGAUUUCUACCCGCCCACCACUGACCCCUGGGCCGCGGCCGACGGGGGCUCGGGGCGCGCUCCACCCCCCCGGGGCAAACCCGACAGUGAGGGCAUCUCAUCGCAAGGCGGCGACAGGACCGUUGCCAGUCAUGGUCUCGCCGAGGAGGAUCCGAUGGAUUUCUAAAGGGGGACUGACUCUGUUUUACCCUGAAUGUACUGCCUUGUUUGUUGCCUGAGGAAAAGAGAAAGGGGGGGGACAGUGGUGUGAGCGCAUGAGUGAUCAUCUGUAUGUGUGUGCGUGUGUGUUUGUGUGCGCGCAUGCCUGCAUGUGUGUGUAUUUCUUUGUGUCUAACCCUUGGGCUAGAUUGUUUUCCGGCAGUGGAGGAGGAGGAGGAGGAGCAGUUUCUCCUUUCACCUCGCUCAACCGCGCUCGGUCACUCUGCUCAUGCAGCAAAUACGGACGUCGAGGUCACGAGUGUCUUAUCGUUGUUAUUCACUUACCCCCCCCCCCCCGGACUUCACUCAACCCACGCGGCGAAAGUGCAGACGCAGGGAGAAGUGACACACAAUGUGGUUCACGGGGCACCGCAAACUAAACGCACCAAACCGAUAACUCAGAACUCACGGGAUGCGGGCGAGAAGGAGGCGAUGAGUGAGAGACAGAUGAAUCAGCACCUCUCCUCUUCCUGUUCCAACAGACACGCAGGAAAAGUGUAGACAGCGUGCCAAGCCCAAGCGAUUUCCUUUAUCCAGGUUGGACUCGCUCUGCUUAUUUGAUUUUUCAAGGCAGGGAAACGGCCUCGCAUGCCCUCGAAAAAAAACACUUUUUAAAAAGUCUCCCUGACCUCUAACAUCUAGCCCAAGGGACUCAGGAGUGCACUGGGAAAAUGGUGUUGAUGUUUUCUGUCACAAAUAGUACUUGGACUUUGCUUGCAAUAGUGCCUUCAUCUACUGUAGGUGUGUGUGUGUGUGCGAGUUUCUAAUUAUGUCUGUUUUCUACUUAAUUAUUUUUCUCGCGUGAGGGUGUAAUCAAACGUUCACUUUCACACGGAUUCUCGCGCGGGCGUGUCGAUGUAACGUGCGCCCCCUCGGACUGUUUUCCCGCGUGUGUUCUGUACGUGUAGGUAUUUGUUUCAUUUUGUUCUUUCUACUCUCAGCGUGAAACUCCAGAAUCCAUCCAUUUGUUAACAAAAAAAAACAAAGACCUAUGGCCUGAGAUAAAGUUUAUAAGCGAAACAGAGAGAGAACAGGAUGAAACCGUACGUGCAUGUUUUGUUGUGAUGGCGUUUCUUCUGUUUGCUCCUCUCAGUCAAUGUAGCCCGUGCUGUUUACCAGAGUUGGGAAGGAAUUCUAUUUUUAGUUCAUUCUAUCGUUUCUUCGCGCUCAAAUCCAAAAUGUGUAACGUUUGUUAAUUAUUACAAUUGUCAUAUCAGUUUUAUAUCAUAUAAGGGUGAGGGUAUUUCAGUUUCUUCCUAAGAUUUAAUCAUAGUUAAUCAUAUCAUAGCCACUUUCCCUGCACGAGUCAUUUUCUUACAGCCGUUGACUGAACGCAAACACACUAGAAAUAAGUUUUACUUUCUUUUUCGAGUGAACGGAAAUGUAAUUCCUCCUCUUCUUCUUCUCUCUUGCUUUUCGCUCCUUUCCUCAAUAUCUUUUCGACCCUUUUUUUCAUCUACUUUUACCACUUCUUUGCUCUUCCAGUUCAUCUCUUCCCUCAUUUCGCUGCCAGCCCCGCCCUCUCCUCGACAUCCAUCAUCCCCCGUCGCAAGUCGGAGGUGAUUUAACGCCGCGUCUGGUUUUCCGUCAGAAUUCAGGAGCGGUGAUGCUCGAUCCGUGUCUGGAAUCCAUCCCCUGAUUUCUCGUAAAAAGCAUUGGCUCCUCCCUCCCCUCUGGUUUCGCCGCUAACCCAGCUUACCGCGAGCGAGAGCCGCUGCAUCAAAGUCCCACUUCACAUGCACUUACGCUGCUGCACCCUGAGAUUCUGUGGAAAGUCAAUCAGAUUAAGGUCCUGUAUAACUCCAUGUGUGGGACAUGUAAGCGAACGCUGCCAAGGUCAAGGGUUCGAUUCCAUAUCAAGAAUGUAUGCACUCAAGGCACCGUGAAAGGGUUUUGGCACAUACCAAAUACGAUAUUGUUCUGUUAUUAAGUGGAGGCUGGGGGCUACGUCUACAAUAGCUGCUGCUGUCUGCCCUGAUUGUCGUCCUCGUACCUUUCUUUUUUUAUUUUCCUUGUGCCCCCUUGUUGCUGCAUCGGUCCCUUCCAGGGAAGCCUUACUUGUCUAAUGCACUAAAUCAAAGGAUGCCACGCUAAACCCACACCCCCACACCCUACCUCUGCUCCUCUCAUGUUCACCCCAUGCUCAAAACAAGGUCCCCUCAUGUGCGGACAGGUCAAAGUUAGUGUCAACCAGGAUAUGGGAUAUUGAGGAAUUGCAUUUGUACUGGCUGAUGCUGCCGUUUCUGUGGCCUAGAACCUGCAGCAGCCUUUUUAAACCAUCCUUUUAACAGGAAGCGGUUGGUUUCGUGUCAAAAUAGCAAGAUACUAUAUUCUAUUGCUAAAAAAAAAAAUGCUCCUACAGUCUGACGUGCUGUUAGACACGGCAUACAAAUAACGUUUUAUGUCCACUGAGCCCAAACUUAGGCAGAAUCAACAAUGAAGGUCAACAAAGGUUACACACUGCAGCUUUAAAUUUCAAUGCUUUCAGUUCAGUGUCUCCCAACCCUAAAUGGAUCCCUUAAGGUGUGGAGAGUACUUUUAACAGGUGUCAAAACAUUGAAAACAACAAUCAAAGUUACGCCAAUAAUCAAGAUUAAUUAUUUUAGCCAUAGAAAAAUUUAAAUUGUGCUCAUUUACUAUCCGUGCAUAUGCAGAAUCACUCAAUACCAACGAUUCCUGGACGUGACAGGGGUUUUGGGGCACAUGCACACAAAACUGUGUCCCACACAAACACAAAAAAACACCUUCCCCCACACACAUCGCCUCCGAACUCAGUCGAAAACACUGAACUGUACAGUAAACUUUCUAUACCUAUAUCUGCUCUGUGUGGAUGCUGAGGAGCGUACGAGUGCAUGUACCGCACGUGUGUGUGUGUGUGUGUGUGUGUGUGUGGUCUACACCCGCGCCUCAAUGUGAACUGUCUGGUGAAUGUGCAGCAUGCCGUCACGCACGAGGCCCCGAGCUGUAGAUGUUGUACUUGCAUGUCGGCGACUGACUGCGACGAGACAUAAUAGAACACGAAAACCAAAGCAAACGCACGCUUUGCUUCUUAUACCUGGGAAACGAGAUGC